AUGCAAUCAGGAGAAUUUACACCUGGUGAGGAAAUGGCACUGUUGAUAACUUGGUACUCAGCACCCAUGACGUUUAUAUGCGAUUCACCAUUCUUACUUUAUGUCCAGGAUGGUUCAACUGCACUCAUUGUGGCUUCAAAGAAUGGACACACUGCCAUCGCUGAGUUGCUGCUGAACAAUGGAGCUUCGCUGGCCCAUGCUGACAAAGACGGAUCAACUGCCCUCAUCGCUGCUUCACAGCAUAACCACACCUCCACAGCUGAAUUGCUGCUGCGCAAAGGAGCUUCGGUGGAUUUUGCUAACACAGUUGGCUCAACUGCCCUUAUCAUCACUGCACAAAAUGGCCACACUGCCACUGCUCAGCUGUUGCUGGACAACGGGGCGUCAAUGGAUGAUGCUGAUGAAGAUGGAUCAACUGCCCUCAUCGUCGCUGCACAGCAGAACCACACCUCCACUGCUGAGUUGCUGUUGCGGGCAAGAGCUUCAGUGGACUUUGCUAACAAUGACGGAUCAACUGCCCUCAUUGCCACCGCACAGCAUGGCCACACUGCCACUGCUGAGCUGUUGCUGGCCAACGGAGCUUCAGUAUAUCAGGGUGACAAGGAUGGUCACACUCCUCUCUAUCACGCAGCACGAGGUGAAAGUGCAGCUGUGUUGCCUCUUCUGAAGAAGCACGGUGCUAUUGGCGAGGAGAGGCCCUCAUACAAUGCCGGAAUUGUGACGUUUCUCCAGAAGCAAAUGAUUAAAGUCGAGCGCAUGCUUGACGGGCUGCACGAUGAGAGUGCUGAAAACUUGAAGACUACUCUGCGGAAAGCACUGCGGUUUAUUCAAAAACAUGAACUACCCUUCAGUCUGAAGAAGUUCUACACAGUUGCUGAUGCGAGACAGGCGGCCCAAGGAAUAUGCCGAGAAUUGAAAGAGAAGAUUCCAUUCAGAUUUACAGAAAACAGAGAUCCUCAGGACAUCAUUCAGGUGGCAAUACCAGAACCCAUAUUCAUCAAAGACACACAGCAUCUGAAUAGCAUGCUCUCAUAUGUUCUAGAGGGCAAGCAAUGCAACAAUGCAAGCAACGGGCUUCUGCACAAAUGGGAAGAUGCCAGAGGUAAGCAUGUGAAAUGGAGUUCGGAUUGGCUAGUUCCUGAUGAGGCAGUUGAGGUUGGAAAUGUGUUGGGACAAGGUGGACAGGCAUGCGUGCAUGAGGGCAGGUAUAAAGAUGAAUUGGUUGCUGUCAAAAAGCCAACAUCAUCUGGACAGGACCUGCCCAUUGACAAGUUGGCUGCACUUCUCAAAGAGGGAUAUUUACAUUCUGAGCUCGAUGCCAAGUACACUCCCCGGCUGUUUGCGAUUACGAAGUCAGGCUGGAUUGUAAUGGAAAUGGCAGACAGAGACUUGCGCACACUUUGCCAGGAGGAGCAGGACUUGGCUUGGUCAAAAAAACUUCUCCUUCUUCAGAAAGGUGCCUUUGCAUUGAAGUACUUUCACAGCAAGGGAAUUGUUCACAGUGAUGUGAAAGGCAGCAAUUUUCUGGUGUUUGGGUCUCUUGAAGAUGACUAUGUUGUCAAGCUGGCAGAUUUUGGGGUUGCAAGUGAUGACACCUUUACAAGAAGCUUGACAGUGAGGGUGGGACAGGGGACUGAUGUGUGUAUGGCUCCUGAAGUUUACGAUGGUGCAGUGUCCACUGCGGCAUCGGACAUCUUUGCCUUGGGCGUCGUUAUGUAUGAGGUCAUAACAGGCAAGGAAGCUUACUCUGUUGAGGGUAGAGAACGGAAUAGAUAUUUUCUCACGAUGAUGAAAACUCAGGGCAGGCAGGGCGGAAAGCCAGUUGAACCUUGCGCCAUUUUCGCGCGGGACUGUCCAGAGGAGAUGCACCACUUGAUGAAGAUGUGCUGUAGUGAGGAUCUUGAGGGGAGACCAGCUGUGGAAGAGGUUUGUACGCAACUUUCAGAGAUGCCGAAGGCUUGGGUCGCUGCGGGUUCCUCUGUGGCCAAGCUCAAUUUGAUAAUUGCAGAAGUUGAGGAGGUGAUAAAGAAUGAACGUGUGCUGUACAACAAGAAAAUGCUGAUGUUUCUAUAUCAGCAGAUGGACAAGGUCCAAAAGUUGGAGGACGUUUCAGUUCAGAAAAUGGAAGAAAGGGCUCCAGAGGCAUUUGAAUCUCUCACAGAGACUUUACGAUUGGGUGUGAAGCUGAUCAGACAUCAUGCAAACGUGUUCGCAUGUCACUUCUGGUAUCCCAUCAGAGAGGUCAAGUGCCUUGUUGAGAGAUAUUGUCAGGACUUCCGCACCUCUGUUUGCAAGCUGGACUGCGAAACCUGUACAGAUAUCGAGUGCAAAAUCCCCAAAGAAGAUGUUGCGGAGGAUAAAAAAACGUUCGUAAUGAUCUUGAAAUACAUACUGGAGGAUGCAGACCCUAUGACGGAAGACACAUGCAAGGAGUGGAAGCAGGUAAAGGACAGCAUGGCUGACCUGUUGGACAAAAUGCAGCCCAUCAGCGAUGAAGAAAUUCCCAUGCAGGAUGAGGAUUUUUUGGGCGAUGGUGACGACGAUGGGGUGUAUGAAGCACAGUGGGAAGGAAAAAACGUACUGGUCAAAAGGCAAGCGCCUGCCUCCACCAGACUUGAAGGUUUGGAGAGAUUUGGUAAGGCUUGCUCGUUUCUUGCUCUUCACAACUGCAAAGAGCAUGCCCAGAUCGCUGGUGUGCUCGCCAUCACCACGUCAGGCUCAAUAGUGAUGAAAGGGGGAGAGGCAGAUUUGGUCAAGUGGUACAAGGCUCUGGACAGCAGUUUGUCGUGGCAAUCGAGGCUUCAUGUCCUGUGGCAGGCCUCAACCGCCUUGGGCAAGCUGCACGACGAUCCCAUUCCGCUCGUCCACUCUGGCUUGAAGACGAAGAACUUUGUGGUCGAUGACAUUGAGAGCAGAGCGCCGCACGUCAUACUCUGUUGCUUGGAACCGAUGAGUUGUCGGGAAGAUGCCCAGAAGAUUGAGUUUCGUCAGCCAAGGAGGACCCUGUACGAUGCCCCAGAGCUGCACAGGGGAAAGCCUUGCACUGUCCAGAGCGACGUCUACAGUUUCGGUGUGGUUGUAUGGGAGCUCGCUGUGCAGCUGCCCCCGCAGCAAAUGACUUCUGGUCAGCUGUGCAUUCGUCCUGAAAAACUGCUUAGCAGGCUUCCCGAUGAUUGCCCUCAAGGGUUGACAUCAAUAAUCAAGAAAUGCUUGUCGCCUGAGCCCUCAAAGAGGCCAAGGAUGUGCGAGCUGCAAAGUCAAUUGUUUGCCCUCAAGAAACAGGUCGAUCGUCGAAAUGUGUCUGCCGUCUGA